AGAGAGAGAGAGUUAGGAUUGACCGAAAUGCCUCAAAAGCAGAUCUGGUGAACAGUCAGAUUCAAAGUUGGCGUCAUCGUGCGGUGUUUUAUCAUAAACAUAUGCCGAAUGACAGGUGUUUGUUGUUGUGAUAAAACUAGUGAGUUUGUGAGUCAGAGUUGCUGUGGCUACGAGAGCUCCCAGUUGCGCUGCGCGGAGUUGAACCCCAGUAGGAGCAGCAGCCAGGAGAGGACGACUUUGCCUGACCUCGUUUGCGCUUUGAAUAUGUUCAAAUUCGUCAAGUUUUGGCCUCGAAAAUCUCCGAACUCAUGGUGAAGAGAAAGAAGACGCCGUCUGCAUCCGAAGAGCUCGAGAAUGGGAUGACAGUGGGCCAAGGGGGCGGUUCGGGAGUCGAGGGGCCGAGCAAACCGGACCGAAAGCCCGAAGGAGGCGAGGAUGGAGAGAGCGCAGAUCAGGCGAGCGAGGAGAGUACAAAGAGAGUCGGAGAGGAAACACUUAAUCCAUCAAGCGCGGCCAGCCCCGGUUUGGCUCCGACUCUUUCCACCCAAACAUCAAGCCCACCCGGAGUCCAGCUAAACCCGACAGCCCUUUCCCCGGCCCUGACUGCCCCGAACAGCCAGGACCAGCAUCAUUUUCUUCGCUCCAGCGUGCGACCUCCGAGCAAGCGGAUACGGAAAGAUGCCUCGUCCCCGGCGCUGAACGGUCACGGCGGUGCGAAAGCGAAAGGUGCAGAAGCAGGUCCCUCUGUGUGUUUGACAGCUUCUGCGGGUUCAGCCGGCUCUGGGGCAGCUGGAGCAUCCAGAUCAGCCCCAAAGGGCCAGGGCCCUGCAGAGAAGGAGGAAGGGGGGAGUCAGAAACGAGUGCGCAGACAGUGGGAGUCUUGGAGCACUGAGGACAAGAACAGUUUCUUUGAAGGACUUUAUGAGCAUGGCAAGGAUUUUGAAGCUAUUCAGAACAAUAUUGCUCUUAAAUAUAAGAAGAAGGGUAAACCGGCAAGUAUGGUGAAGAACAAGGAGCAGGUGCGCCAUUUCUACUACAGAACCUGGCACAAGAUCUCUAAACACAUCGAUUUCACCAACGUGUAUUCACGUGUCCUGAAAAAGUCUUCUCAGGAGCUCUAUGGCCUCAUCUGUUAUGCUGAACUCAGGAAGAAGGUCGGAGGCUUGAUGGAUGACAAAAAUGUAGCCAAACUUAAUGAGCUUAUCCAACAAGGGGCCACCACAGUGCGUUCCAAAGGCAGAAACCUGAGGAUUAAAGCUCCAAUGUGCCGCGCGCUGAAGAAGCUCUGCGAUCCAGAUGGUGUGAGUGAUGAAGAGGAUCAGAAGCCUGUUCGUUUACCUUUGAAGGUGGCCGUCGAACUUCAGCCACGAAGCAAUCACUCCUGGUCUCGGGUUCAGAGUCUAGCCCAUAAUCCUCGGCUCAGGAUGGUCGUCGAGUUGCACCGGAAGGUCUCCACUCUCAUUGAAUUCCUGAAGCAGAAAUGGGCUGUCCAAGAUCAACGAAUUCGUAAGAGCCUAGCGGAACGAGAAGCCCUCGACAGCUUGGCCCAGUCUAGUGAGUCGGAGGACCUGUUCCUGUUUCCUGCAGAGAACAGUACAGUUACUACUUUGCCAGGUGUGGCUCGUGUUGUGCACUCCAAGGCUUCCUGCACUGUACACUGGCAGGAGAGUGGGCGUGGACGGACAGGUAUUAGGGACUUGCCUGCAGCUCACAUUCUGGGAAUUCAGCCUGCUAGAGGAAAAUCAGGCAAGUCGGGCCCGGUGGGAGGAGACCCGAAAAGAAGCGACGGUCAUCCUGUUGAAGGCUCUGAUAGUGGCACUUCCACUCCAGGUUUGGAGACCAGUGUAAAUCCCACUCUGAACACUACCUCUCCAGUCAGUCCAACCAUCAGUCCAUCUCUCCCCGUUGGACAGGAGGGGAAUGCGGUGGGGACUGUGGAGCAAGAGGCGGUGAGUCAGACUGAUGAUAGUGUGCGGGACAAAGAGACUGUCACUCAGGGAGAACCCACCCUUAUAGAGGGUCGGAUUGAGGACCCUGGAACGGCAGGUGAAGUUGCAUCAGAAAAAGCACUGCCGCAAUCAGAACCUCAAGGGCGUGGUGAGGAAGUGGGCGGGACUGAACGAUCUCCUCAACAAAUCCGAGAUGAUGGUUGGAGCUCACAGGGCUCUGAGAAUGUGACACUGGCAGAACUCUACCUCAUGCUGGGCAAGCCUGGGAAACUACAGCUGGAGUAUGAAUGGCAACCUAAGCCCCAGCCCUCAGCCCUACCCAGCACUCAAAGUGUGCUUCGGUGUCUCCUGAGACUAGUGUCCUCAGAGGUCAACCCCAAACCAACCCCAGAGGUGUGUUCAGUGGGCACUUCACCAUUUAAAUCAGGUCAAGAGGAAUCAUCUGUGACACCUCCAGGCAGAACUCAAGCUGGAGCGACCCGUAGUCCUAGCUGGGGGCGACAGCAACAUGCGGCACGCUCAAAAAUUCUUCUGAAUAAUGCAGUCAUCCCAGGAGGGAGGAACCUACCGCGUUCUCUGCUGGCCUCCGGAGGCGACAGCGAAGGGUUUGCUGUCCCAACGACCCUGCCUCCUAACAGCUCCCGCCAGUUGCGGAUGUUCUCUCCUAAUAAGGAGGCGGAGCUAGCCUUUCGCCAGCAGCUGGACUCCAUCAGUUCAGAUAUAUUUUCAAAGCAGCGGAAAAUAGGGAGGGGCCGUCCACUAAGGAAACCUCUUGUGGUUCAGAGAACACUGCUGCCACGAACCACUGGAGACACUUCGCCUCAUGUGUGCUCCUUCUCCAUUCUCUCCAAUUCAUCUGCUACAGGCACUGGUUCUUUUCGUCCAAUACAAACUCGUCUCGCCCCAUCCAACCGCCAACUUUCCUCAAAAGCUUUGUCCACUACAGCUAGUCCUGUGCCCGCUAGUCAGCUGUCCAGUGCAAUUGACCUGGCUGCAAAAUCUGCAGGCAUUAUCCCUGGCAGUCCCUGUCGGGAAGUGGAGGCCCCUAGUAUAGAAAAGGCCAUUGUGGAGUCUGAGGAGGCCAUGGACUCGGAACCUGCUGCACCUGAACUAGAUCCUGAUCUACUUGAUCAGGAUCCUUCUGAGGAAUCCCUGCAAAAUGGUGUCUCUCCACCUUCUCCAGGGGGCGGGGACUCCCUCUUGGCCCCUCCCAGUGUUGCUUCCUUACUGGAUAUCUCUCUACCAGGCCCCCCAGAGGAGUCCCUUCCAUCUGGAGAACCGCAAACUCAAAUCAGCGACUCUAUUAUUGAGCUCGCCAUCAACUCGCACUAUGGUGAUGGAUCAUUGCUCUCACCUCCUAAACUGAAUGGGAGUGAUAGAUCUAAGCUUCUUCCCUCUUCAUGUGACAGCUGGAUGCCGUCCCCUACACACGACCCUCAGUGGUACCCAAAUGACUCUACUGAUUCAAGUCUUGGCUGCCUGCUCUCAAGUCUGGCAUCUCCUGAUAAGACAAGAAGGACAGCCCUGCCCCCUUCGAGUAGCACAGCCUUACUUGGACCCAGUUUACUGGACAGCAACUCCCACGAUUGUUUUCAGUCCCGCGGCCUGCCGGAUGCAGCUGAGGUGGAUACCCAGCUAGCCUGUAUGAUGAGCGAGAGCAGCGUCGACUACAUCGCCCGGUUCAAUGACCUCGCGCAGGAGCUCUCUGUCACAGAACCGACCCUCCCACCUCCUCCAGGCGACUGAUGCACUGGGCGGAGUCUUUCACUGCCACGCCCCUUUCAUUUUGGACAGAAGAAUGUUAACCAGAGAGUGGUUCAUCUGUAGGAAGUGCAAUAGACUGGCAGGGUCCACAAUACCACAACAGCCUUUGGGCUUGUGAGCGUGUGCGUGUGUGUGUGUGAAAGAGAGAGAGUGUGCGUUUGUGAGUGUGCGUGUUGAUUAUUCCGUGGCUAUUGUGUCAUGAGCCACACCCAGGACACUUAAAAACUCCAGUUUACAGUGCAACCUCAUGUACAGAGAAAAUAAUACGACCUGCCAUAUCUGAACAAAUAUAGUCUUCUCAGAUCUGUAUAUCUGUCUCUAAUGUCUUACAUGUGCAUGCAUCUGUAAGUGGAGCCAUGGACUAUAUGUGUUUUUGUUUUUUUCUUUCUAUUGUACACAACUCAUUUGUGCAAAACCCUCUAAAGCCAUAGGAGUGCAUCUGCACACAAAAGUGUCUGUGACCCCAGAUUCUGGUUUCUUUUAAUCAUUUGAAUGUUUUUAGUUGGUGAAUUCCACACUACUAAAAAGGACAAGGGCUUCUUUUUUGUGAGAUUGUUACAAGGACUGAAUAUCUAACACACACUAAACAAAAUUACUGAUAACAAAAAUGCAGUGUAGUUACAUUAACAGUGAGAUUGAACAUUUUCCCCUUCAAUUUAUUAUGGUAUUUUCCUCAAAACACUAGGAUUUAUAUUUCCCGUCGGAUGAAUAUGGAGCCAAUACGUAGUAGAUUCUGAAACUGAAUUUUCUAAUGUGAGACUUUCUCUUGUGUGUGUGUGUGUGUGUGUGUGUGUGUGCGUGUGUGUGUGUGUGUACAUAUGAGUGUUUGCACAGAUGUAAAUAGACAAUAACAGACCCCAGUAUUUACUGCUUUUGUAACAUAUUGUAAAUUAUUGUCAUUUGGAUUAUUUAUUGAUAACUCACUGAGAAAGUGUUUUUUGUUCUUGUUGUUGUUUAACAUGCCACAUGUGGGCAUUUAGGAGCUCCUCUCCUGUGUUUUAAAGAGUUCUGUGUUGUUAAAAUUGGGUUUUAAACCCAAAGUGUAUAAAUAGAGCUACAACAAA